AUGCUUGCUCCGUUAUUGGCUGUUGCAUUAAUUGGCUCGUUCACCUGGCAGGGUGCAAUGCUCGUGACAGGCGGGCUAUCUAUACACGUCGUACUGGCCGGGAUGCUCUUUCGGCCUCUUCCGGAACCGGAAAGAAAUGGCAAGGCGGCUAUGAAGAAGGAAACUGCUCUGAGCAGCGCUGUAAUAAAGAAACUGGUGCUGUACUGCUCGGCAAUGUUGUUCUCGACGGCCGGUGCCAGCUCCGUAUCGAUGUUCCUGGUGAAGUACGGCUUAGAACUGGGCCUUCCUAUCGACACUGUUGCUCAGCUGAGCGUCAUCCGGGCCGCUAGCGCCACUCUAGCGGGAUUCGGAGUCGCUAUCAUAUCCGGCAGCUCGUGCUUCAACCGCCGCAUCGCGUAUGCGAGCGGAGUCUCGCUAGGUGGCGCCACCGCCCUGCUAUUCUUUUUUGCGCCGUCGCGAGCUCUGUAUCCGGUCCUACUGUGCGUGAACGGACUUGGAACUGGUGUCGCGUACUCUCUGCUAGCCUCCGUCAACGUAGAUUUGUUUGGAGUUAAGAAUCUUCUGAAGAUCCAAGGAAUUAUCAGCUUUGCUGCGGGCUGUGCAAACUUCAUCGGACCCCUUAUCGCCGGUUUGUUAGCGAGCUGUGGCAUCCCCGGUCCAUGCGGAACCUACGGUGCAGAAGAUUUCACUGCAUUCCUGCGAGAAUCUACGUGCCGCGCCGUGCGGGUGUAUGUGUGCGUAGUGUGGAAGAGCAGCAAGUCGUGA